UUAUUUUAUAUCAAUUUCGGAAAACGAAAUGUCCUCCUUAGUUUCGAAAGGGAGGGACUUUCCACGAACUUUAGAGAGAUUACUUUCGGUUUCGCUUGAGAACGAAACCAAAUGCAAAGCAGAACACGGUGAGCUUAGCUACAGGCUACUGAGGUCGUUACUAAGUAACAAAUCUUAUUUCUUAUUUAUAUGUUUGUUUUGGAGUGCUUUGUAUAAUAUCGUGAUAGUUUUACGCACUCCAACGUCUGCCAGGAGAGUGGUAAGAAGGGUCCACUCAUGAUGCAGAAAAUGAGCUACUUCUCCGCAGUGUUCCUCGUUUGCUUGGACCUGUGUGUGGUGCAUGCCCUGCGCUUUGUCCGGCUUUCACCUCUCCUCCUGCCACAUCCCUUCUUUACCCUUUGGGGAGUUGGCGGGGUACGGGCAUGCGUCCUCAUCUCCUUGGCCCAUUCCUUCCCCGGCAGCCUUCCGUGGAUGAGAAGCUUCAAGGGACUCCAGAGUAUUUUAGUGCUCUGCUUCCUCUUCCCUGUCUACCACACUCUUCUCUGGGUGCUGGAGCGGUCCACUGUCGAGGAGCUGUGGGGCCUGCACUCAUGGGAGGGGGUGUUGCAGGGUUAUGUGGUGACAGCUGUGGCCUGGCUGUAUUGGACCAGGUACAUGUCAUCUCUUCAGGUCUCCAUGGGUAAAUACAUCUCCUUUCUGUUCACCAAAACGCCGUCAGAGAAAGUCGAAGAACAUACUGUCGCCAUUCUGAAGAGACUCGGUAACUUUAUCAUGCCCUACCGUUGGCGCUUUGUGACUGUGAUGACUCUUGUGGUUGUCUCUUGUUAUGGUGAGAUGGCUAUACCGCAGUACAGCGGCCGUGUGGCAGACUGGAUCAGUAAAGAAGACGAACCCGAUGCAUUCAAUGAAGCCAUUAAAAUCAUGUCACUGCUGACGGUGGCCAGCGCUGUCCUUGAAUUACUUUGCGACCUCAUGUACAAUAUCACCAUGUACCGUGUGCAUGCCUCAGUGCAGGGACUUGUUUUUGAGGCUGUGUUAAAACAGGAAAUUGCGUUCUUUGAUGGCACACAAACAGGUCAACUGGUGUCGCGAAUCACCACUGACACUAAUGAAAUGAGCGAAGCAUUGAGCGAAGAACUAAGCCUUGUCAUGUGGUACGUCGGACGCCUCGGCUUCCUCCUCUACUUCAUGGUGUGCCAGUCGUGGAAAAUAACCUUGUUGACCUGCAUGGCACUGCCAAUCAUUUGGGUCAUUCCUGAAUUUGCUGGAAGCUUUCAACAGGCUAUUGCUGUGAAGGUUCAGGAGUCUCUGGCUAAGGCCAACCAAGUGGCCACAGAGACAUUCUCCUGCAUGAAGACUGUUAAAAGCUUUGCCAAUGAGGACGGCGAGACUGAAAAGUAUAGACAGAGGCUCGAGGACACGUACAACAUAAAAAUAAAGGAAUCUGUGGCUUAUGCAGCCUUUUCCUGGGCCAACAGUAUCAACACAUUGGCUUUGAAAGUGUGCAUUCUCUACUAUGGAGGGAUUCUGGUGACCAAGGGGACAGUAAGCAGCGGACACUUGGUGUCAUUCGUCAUGUACGAGUUACAGUUUGCCUCAGCAGUCGAUGCUGUUAUUCGUUGUUAUCCCGAGGUAAGAAAGGCCAUCGGUCGCUCUGAAAAGAUUUUUGAAUACAUGGAUCGGAAACCAGUAGUGCCCCCGGAUGGUACUUUGGCACCAGAAAACCUUAAAGGCCACAUUCAGUUCAAAAAUGUCUGCUUUUCGUAUGGUGACAAAGACAAAGACACAGACAAAAGCAAAAUGAUUCUUCAGGAUGUGUCCAUGGAGAUAAAACCAGGACAAAUCACUGCUCUUGUGGGGCUCAACAGAUCAGGGAAAUCCACCUGUGUAAAACUGCUGGAAAGGUUUUACCAGCCACAAGCAGGGGAGAUUUUACUGGACGGAGAACCAUUGAUAAACUACAAAGACCAGUUCCUACAUGACAAGAUUGCCGUUGUGAGCCAGGAUUGUGUGCUGUUUGCACGCUCUGUUCGUGAGAACAUCAAGUACGGCUGCAGCAAUGUGUCUGAUGCCGACAUGUACAACGCUGCCAAAAUGGCAAACGCUCACGAGUUCAUCCUGGGGCUGCCCAAUCAAUACGAUACAGAUGCUGGAGACAAGGGAGGUCAGGUGUCCGGAGGCCAAAAGCAGCGCAUUUCUAUUGCCAGAGCUUUGAUCAGACGUCCCAGAAUCCUGAUACUCGAUAAUGCUACCAGUGAGUUGGACUCUGAAAAUGAAUACCAGGUCCUUCAAGCUUUGUUGAACCAGGGCAACAGUUGCUCAGUGCUGCUGAUUUCCAACAAGAUGAGUGUUGUGGAGAAGGCCAGUCACAUCAUUGUUCUCAGCGAAGGGACAGUUAAAGAAGAAGGAAGUCACCAAGAGCUGCUGAAGAGAGACGGACUCUAUGCUGCGAUGUUGAAAAUGUACAACAUGAGCUUUCAACGUUAGGAAGAGGAAUGAUGCCCAGUGAUACCUUCAGAGUUGCACUUACUGUAAGCCUCCAAAGUUGAUUUGCAGCUACAUGUAGAUUUAGUUGUAAAAUUGCACUUGCAAUUGUCAUUGUAGAAUGACUUUGCUUUUCUGUGCACCCCAUUUGAAGGGUGAAACCUUAUUUUGGAAAUACCAGACUAAAUGGGAAAAAUACAGGGAAUAAUUUAACACGGUUAACCCUUAAUUGACCACAUUGCACUGACCUGCAAAAAAAGAAUCUAAGGAAAAUAUAAUUAGAGCUACUUUAAAUAUUUGGUUCACUGAUAUUUUUCUAACUAAUUUUUUGAUAUGGCAAUUAGCUGUCACAAGCCAGUGUACUAGUCUCACCACGCAAGAUACAUAUUAUUUUUUUAGGAAUACUUUAGCAAGUUAUCAUUAAACGUUUUACUGUCUAUGUGCUUCUUGCACUGCUUAUUUAGAUACAGAAUAUUUCAUAUGGAAACAUGGAUGAAUCUGGAUGAAAAAAAUGAUGUGUACAUUCUGAAAUUGUUAAGUAUUUGAAAGUGUUAAAUAUUUGGUUUUCUUUGUAGCUUGUUCUCAUCAUUGUUCACUAUUUUGUAUUUAAAUAAAAAAAGAUGUAUCUCUUCACUCAGCAAUAUUUUCAAGAGCACAUAUAGGUUUUGAUAGCCCAAGUACAAAAGGACAACAACAAAUAAUAAUAAUACAUUUUAUUUCAUAAGUGAAGUCUAAAUGGGUAUUUUUUUCUUCUUCCCUUUUUGUGGUCUUGCAAUAGCCUGUUGAACUAUCCAAGGUAUACCCAGCACUUGCAGAUGUAUAAUUAUACAUAUAUGCAUCCAUAUAUGUAUAUAAUUAUUUACAACAUUACUUUUUACGUAUUCUUCUGUAUCUAAAAAUCUCAGAAAAUUGGAAAAAUACAGAAGUAUACAGUAUAAGGAAAAGUACUUAGUCAUGAUGGAUCCCAAAAAAAAUAAGCAGAAAAUAAAUAAAAACAAUCUGAAUCUAAAAACAAAACUAAAA